AUGCUUCGUCCGGCAGUAGCAAUCCACUCAUUGUCCAAGACUGAAGUUACCAAGCUCCUCACUGUCGCAUCCGAGGUCGGCUAUGACAUUCUAAAAGCCGAGAAAAACGAAGAUCUAAAAGCCCUAGGAGAAAGCAUGGCGGCGGCAGCGACUCCCGGUCUCCAAGGCUCAGCCGAAGGAUACUUCGUCCGCCUGAGCCACUGCAGCCCAAAGGACGCCGACGGAGGGAAUCUUCGAGCGGUCUUCAGUAUACGAGAAGCUCUUGUCAAGCUGGUGUCCUCGAAACGUACCGUGCAAGCUCUUUUGGGCUUGUAUUAUAAGUACGAAAACAGCGACGACGUUGCCGACAACCAGCUGUACUUCUUCCCGUAUCACACCAACCUCGAUCGACUCAGCGAGUGGCGAUGCUAUGUCAACAAGCACAGAGUAGUCGCCAUUAGCCAGAGCAGGUUCUACCAGUGCAAUCAUGCAGGCAUCACAGACGAGGGUUUGCAGUCGCUGGCGGAGCAAGUUCGUGCUCUGUGGUCUCGGAUGGCUGCUGAUCUCGACUUUGACUCUUGCGUGUUGGACAUCUAUGCUAAAGUCCUCGAGCCUCAGUUUUCUGUGAAGCUGAUAGAGAUCAAUCCAUGGGGAGCGUAUUCGGGGUCUGGUAGUCUGCUGUUUCACUGGCUUGACGACGCUGGUUUUCUCGAGCCAACGACCCCCACAGGUGAGACGGUCAUCAGAAUUGUUGAAGAAGGGGAAUCGCCAAUAUUGUCACGAGACGAGGCGUACAAGAUUGGUAGAGAUGGCAUCAUCGAAAAUGAGUUGCGCUGCCUGAAAGAACGGGGACUCGAAUGGGUGCUACAGGAUGAGGCGGAUGCCAAGUUCAUGGCCUUGCCUUUGCCGGCUGCCCAUUCUGGGUUGACAACGAGGAAGGACGGGCUUGAGAUGUUUCGUCGGCUGAAGAACGGGGGCAAGACCGAUGCGAGGCUUCCUGCCAGAGAUCACCCGCGGUUCGUGAAGUUGAAGAAGGCUUACCGAGAUGAAGUUCUUCGAGGAGAAGCAUGA